AUGGGCCGACGAACGAAGGCAAGGAAGAAGUUCUUGAUUGAAAAGCAGGAAUCCUGCAGUGAGCAAAGUGAGAACGGUGGCGAAGCACCUGCUGAGGAGCUCCCCACUGAUGACGUCCCAAAACCUUCAAUGGAAGCUGAGGAGACUAAAGCAACUCCUGUGCAAAUGCGCUCACGCCUUCCAGUGCCAUGUGUAUCAGGACUGGUCAACCGACUGUCUUCUACGAAAACACCGGUGGUCUUCCAAACGUUAAUCUCGGAGGAUUCUCCUGACUGCAAGAGGUAA